CCGAAGGCGGCAGUCAUGGUGUUUAUCCACCCCGGGUAUUUUGAGGAAGGUGCGGGCAGCAUGUACGACGGUAGCGCCAUCGCGAGCUGGGGACAAGUCAUCGUCGUCACCUUCAACUAUCGGCUCGGUCUACUGGGGUUCCUCAGUACGGGGGAGGACAACGCCCCGGGGAAUUAUGGGCUUUUGGACCAGAUUGCCGCCUUGACGUGGGUGAAGCAGAACAUCGUCAACUUUGGAGGAGAUCCAAACAAUAUCACCGUGUUCGGGGCAGAGGCAGGCGGGACCAGCAUCAAUCUUCUGGCAUUGUCUCCCAAGGCAAAAGGUCUCUUCAGAAGGGUGAUCAUUCAAAGCGGCUCUGCCCUGACGACUUGGGCCCUGACGUCUGAACCCUGGCGGUCAGCCAUCACCGUGGCCUACAAGAUGGGCUGCUGCCGGAGCAACUUAACCGAGAUGAUGGAAUGUCUCCGCAGUAUCGAUGUCGACAUCCUGACCGGGAGCGUGGUGCGCCGCCCUCCCUACUUCUCCAUGUUCGGUCCGAGGUACUUCUCUCUGUUCGGCCCGGUGGUGGACUAUGUCGUCAUCACGGACAACCCGAAGGCACUCAUGACAUCCGCCGAUAGAGACAAGAACAACCUCUUCAAGAGCUACGAUCAUCUCAUAGGAGUGAACGAAGACGAAGGGUUUGGUUACAUCGAAACAUUUCCGGGUGUAGACAAUUAUGGCAUAGGUAGGGAAGGGUUUACCUUCAUUAUCAACGAUUUCGUCAACAAGGUUUACCCCGACAGGGAAAACGAGAUAGAGGACGCCAUUCAGUUCAUCUACACGAACUGGGGACAGAGUGAGAGCAACGAAACGCGCAGGACUGGCAUGGUGCGCAUGUUUACGGAACAGCAGGUCGGCAUGCCGGUCGUGAGCGUGGCAAACCUUCACUCCUCUGGUAAGACGACGUCGGGGACGUACUUCUACACCUUCAACCACCGCAUGACGUACGGACGGAACCCUGCGUGGGUCGGAGCGGCGCAGCAGGAGGAGCUCCCGUUCGUGUUCGGCGCGCCCAACAUCGGCGGUGGCGUCUACAGUAACAUGAACUACUCCAGAGCUGAAUCUAUGCUGAGUCUGGCGAUCAUAACGUACUGGUCCAACUUUGCUAAGUCAGGAGAUCCCAACACACCGAUCCCACAGAAGACGUGGUUUGCGCAUGAGCGGCCCAACCGGUUUGAGAACAUCAAGUGGCCUCGUUAUGAUGCGGACAAGCAAGGGUUCAUCUACCUGGGCAUGAAACCGAGGGUCAAGCAGGGGUACAGAUCCCAGCGCGUGGCCUUCUGGGCGGAGCUCAUCCCGAAGUUGGUGAAACAUCACCCGGUCAUCAGAACCCUCGACUCGCCAGCAGACGUCACUGAGAUCUGCAUGAACCUCCGUAGCGGCAACAGUCCCACAGACACGGCCAUAACCAGAACUCCUUCGAACUGGGGAAGGUUCCCGGAGGGGGGACCCAGGUCCACCUGCCCUCCCCAACCCGAGAAAGACAAGAACAAGAAGCCGACGACCAAACCGUCGUCUAACUGGGGGGUCGGCUUAACCUCGUACAACGACCCGACGAGUGACCACUUCUCGGGAAAGAGAACCUAUUCCAGCGAGCUGAGCAUCGUUAUAUCAGUAGGGGUGACUUUACUCGCGCUGAACCUCGUCGUCUUCGCGGUCUGUUAUAAGAAACGGGGGAAGAGACGAGCAAGACACCAGGGCUCGGUCACGACAUGCGCCUUCACGGACUCCAAGAUAAGCCUCAAGGUCAUCGAAACACAGGAAAUGGCGAUGUCACACCGAAAGGAUUGUGGGAACACGUUAGAAAAAGAGCAUUCGUUCGCGUCUAUAGAGGGUCCCGUGGGAACAGACAUAGAAGAGUACAAGGAAACGCUACCGUUAGGCGACAGACACCCCGCGGUGCUACAGGACAGUCGCCUGAUAGAGAUGGGACCGGUGAAGGACUUCUCUGUUCUUGAAGAAAUCUGUCCCCAGUCCUUACAGGCACAGGAAUGCCGCAUUAUCAAACUGCAGGAGGUUCCGCGUAAGAAAAAUGGCUGCCAGCAGAUCGUGUGACGUGAGCACAACUUGCGUGACGUGUGCACAACUUGCGUGACGUGAGCACAACUUGCGUGACGUGUGCACUACUUGUGUGAUCUGUACCUGUGGCUGCCUUCCCCACUGCACGAAAUCCUACCUUCAAGCACGCCUUAAACAUGCGUAAACGUACGCACAGAGGGGGAAACGAACCUUUACACAAGCUUUAAGGUGUGCAUAGAGAAUGGAUUAUGUGCAGUGCCCCUGCACAAAUAGCAUUCAUACUUAUCAUAAAAUUACGUAAACAACCAUGUUGU